GCCCCAGUUGCGUGUGGCGUCGCUUUCCCCGCCUCCCCUCCGUGUAAUUGUAAGAAAAGGGGACAGUAUUUUCUGCCUACGGGAAACACACGCAUGGUGUCGGGUAGCUAGAGCAGCAGAAAUAACCUCGUGUGCGACAAUGAGUCUUCUUUGUCGCCUCCUGCGCGGAGUGUCUUUCUGCGAGCGGCCGUCACGUUUCCCCACUGGACUGGGAGCUUUUUUCUGCAGCGGCUCUUCGCGGCUAGUGGACCGCGCGGCUCGUGACAGCGCGAGCGCCUGUCCGGCCAGCAGCCCGGUGAAUUUGAUGUAUGACGUCUUCGACGGGACGGGGCCCGGCAGCCCACUCGUGUUCCUCCACGGGCUGUUCGGUAGUAAAUCCAACUUCCACUCGAUAGCCAAGUCCCUGGUGCAGCGAACGGGGCGGAAGGUGCUGACUGUAGACGCUCGAAACCAUGGCAACAGCACUCACAGCCCCCUUCUGACCUAUGAAGCAAUGACCAACGAUCUUCAGCACCUCCUUGGCCAGUUGCACAUAUCAAAGUGUGUCCUGAUUGGCCACAGCAUGGGAGGCAAAGUGGCCAUGACAACAGCUCUCCUGCAGCCAGAUCUGGUUGAGCGUCUGGUGGUGGUGGACAUCAGCCCAGCGCAGACCACAACUCGGACCAACUUCCACGCUUAUAUACAGGCAAUGAAGGGUGUGACAAUAGCCAGCAACAUACCACGCUCUACAGCACGAAGGUUGGCUGAGGACCAGCUCCGUGAUCUCGUUAAGGAACGUUCCGUUAGACAGUUCCUCUUGACCAACUUGGUGGAACAGAAUGGCCACUAUGCCUGGAGGGUGAACCUGGAGGCUAUUGCAGACCAUCUUGAUCACAUCAUGAGCUUCCCCAAAUUCAACACUACCUACAAUGGCCCUACCCUCUUCCUAGGUGGAGCCAGCUCCGGAUAUAUCACUUCUGAAGAUUACCCUGAAAUUGAGCGCCUUUUCCCAGCUGCUGAGAUCCAGUAUAUCCCAGAUGCUAGCCACUGGAUACAUGCAGACAAACCCCUGGAUUUCAUUAGCUCCCUUAUUGCAUUCCUGCAAUCUUAGCCAUCCCUGAUCGGACUGGCUAUAAGGAGACAGGGCCAACAGGUCUUUGGGCUCCAACCUGCAGUCCUGCCCUUGCUUCUCUGCUGCCAGCUUGGAAGCAAAAAAUAAAUCUUGACCAGCAGGAAGUCUGAUCACUUUGAUGUGUAUAUUCAUGCAUAUUUAUAUAGACAACUCUACAUUACCCUGCUCAGUGUGAUUUUAAGAGUAACUUGUCUUUUUCCAUGGUGUUGUAUUUAAACAUGCAUCUUUACAAUUUUAACUUGGAGGCGCAGUGGCACUUUUGUCAGAAUGGUGCAGUCCGUACACAGGUUUGAGACAAGAUGUUGCCUGUCUCUGUUUUACAUUCCACACGUUAGAUGGCGCUACAGCACAGUGUUACCUAUGCAAUGGGGGGGUUGUGCUCAUUGCAUCAGUUUUUUUUUUUUUUUCUUAUUAUUUUUUAAAUAUUGUAUUAGGAGCAAAAAUUUUGUGUCCGUGAAGGACACACUCCUGAAGGUUUGAAUUAGCAUAAAAUGUAACUAUACAUUGUAACAAGUUUUUUCUGAAUGUCAGUUCAUAGUGAUGCAGUAGUCAGCAUUUCUAACACUUUCACGGAGGAGUAAAAGUGUAGUUUUUGCAUUGGUAUUUGAUAUUUAGAAGCUGCAGUACCAGUUAUGUGUAGUCAUUUCAGACUACGCUCAGUAAGAGGUAUCUUUUCAGAUAUUUAAUUUUCAGACAUUGAAGGGGUGAAUGCAUACAUGUCCUCAUGAGUUGCCAAUAUACGUACAGCUUACCAUUUAUGUAUUUGUAAUUAGUUCCUACAUUUUAGUGAACCUAUGUGUAGAUGUUAACUGUUGUAUGAUGAUAGUUCAUCCUUAUACUACACAUAUUGUAUUCCUGGAAUAAGUUACAACUGAAUGAUACAUCAAAUUGACCUGAGUUCUUUGGUUAGUCUGUUUCCGUUAUGGAGUAGAAAGCCACAGCGGGCUUACCCAGCAUUAUACCCAUUAUGGUGGGAAGCUAAAACUUGCUUGGUUCCAUGUGACAUUUGCAUAAUUGUUAAUUGGUGAAUACAAGUGGAUGUAUGUAUAACGAAAGUGUGUUAUGUGGCUAAAUCAUUGUCAGCUGUCUAAAAAUGAAUAUUAUAAGUGGAAUAAGGGAUGUUAUAACUUGACUGAUCCUGGAUCGGUGUGCAAUAACUCCCUCUUGGUGGGAAGGCUGUCAAAGGCAAUAUUAUGUUAUAUGCAACAUGGCAAUGGAGGACAAUCAGAUGGCAUUCAGGUGCUGAUGGAAAGAAUGUGUGACAGACCUUUGUCAAAUACUAAACUCAUGAUUCUAUCAAUGAAUGGAUUUUUACUGCACAAUAUAAAUAGUGGUGGAUACC